CUAAUCCUGGAUAGCAAAACAUUGGAUUACAAAAUGAGGAUCAAUUAAUUUUUUUGAACAACUGGGCCCAGGAGUUAAAAAUCAGUACGCAUGCGCAAACAUAAAUCUUCCAAAACAUUAUUACUGGAUCGUCAACACCGUGUGUACUGCUGUGUCUCCCCCUGUUGGACGAACUGAGAAUUAUACACUUAAAACGCAGAAGCAGAUUUAUUACUGCUCUGUACACUAGGGGGCGAUAUAUACCUUGUUCUCUUCCUUACAAGAACAGCACGAAGAAGAGAGGGACCUCCAGUUCAACGUACUGGCGAUGAUCCGUGUGAAGUUUAGCAUCUGUGCUGAAAUGAGAAUCUCGCAGAUCCUGUGAGUCUUCAAUCCCAAAGUGACUGUUGGAGACUAUUAGUAAAGAUAAGUGGCCCUGAUUUAUCAUAUAAUGUCUGGUCUUGGUAUGAUUAGAUAAACAGUAAUUACAGACACUGAAGAAGAUGGUUACAGUAAUGUAACCAGUGCGAAUAAAUAAAUAAUUCCUGUUGUAAAAUCUGUAUUUUCUAUAUGUCUGUAUUAUAAAUUUCUAUUCACGCUAAGCCUGGUCAAAAGGUGGAUGUUUUAUUUUCUCUCACAUUGUAUUUCUGAGAUAAAAACAUGGAUGACCCAAAACUUUUUGUGUCUUAAUAGCGAUAAGACUGAGGUUUCACUUUUUGGCUCUCCUCAUCUGCUUCGUAAGGCUGCUUCACUAAUGUUAAACGUAGACGGCUCUGUUUUUGGCGUUUCAAACUAAAUACAAAAAAUUUAGGAGUUAUAUUUGAUUCGAGUUUGUCUUUUGACCCACACGUGCAAUAUACUGUCAAGAAUUCCUUUUUUCCAUCUCAGAAAUAUUGCUAGACUUCACCUUAUGCGAUCUUUUCCUGUGACUGAAAGGCUUAUCAACACUUUAGUUUUUUCUCGUAUUAAUUACUGCAUUGCACUUCUUGUUCCUAAAACCACACUAAGUAAAUUGCAAUGUGUGCAAAAUUUGGCUGCUAGGAUACUGACUGGUGUCAGGAGAAAUGAACACCUCACUCCAGUACUGAAGUCCUUGCACUGGCUUCCAGUCAGGUUUCACGUUGAUUUUAAAAUCCUUAUGCUCACAUAUAAGGCAUUGCAUGGUCUGGCCCCUCAGUAUCUGUCUGCGCUUUUAAUUUUAUAUACUCCCAAGUGUCAUUUGUGCUCCACUCAAUCUGGUUUACUGGGGACAGGGCUUUCUCGUCCUAUGCUCCUAGACUCUGGAAUGCACUCCCUGCUCAUAUUAGAGAUGCACAGAAUUUAAGCAUUUUUAAAUUUAACCUAAAAACUCUUAAAAAAUCUUAGAACUUUAUUUUUUAAAUCAAGGUUAGCUUUCUCUUGAUGGGUUUAACCAUUUUGUAUUCAAGUCUGUUUUUUUUUUGUACAUUUUGUGUUUUUAUCUGUUUUUUUUUUUUCUUCAUAUUUUCUUAUUGUGUAAAGUGCCUUGAGAAGCUGCUUUUAAAGCACUUUAUAAAAAAGUUUAUUAUUAAUCUAUGAUCAUGAAUUUCAAAACAGUUACUAAUCAUGACAGGCUAAAAAAAUUUGUCGUAUGUCCCAGUUAACUGGUGUCAUCUACUAUUUGAUAUCUUUAUCAUUUUCAUAGGAGCUUCAUUUGCUAGUUCUGAGAGUUCCGGCUUUCGACACUGCCCCUUGUUGACCUUUAAUAUAUCUGCACUAUGAGUGACCCAAAGGGCAGAGAUGACACGCCCAACAGUCUGUCCAAUCGAGAUGCCAUUGACCUGCCUGAUGAUGCUUCUUUGAGUGACUCAGAUCCUGAUGAGUCCUCACAUCCCCUGAGCAGAAAGGUUGAGGAAUUGUCUUCUUCGUCUGAUGAGGAAAACGUUCAGCAGGGCAGCGAUGCUCCUCAAGGAACUCCCAUGUUCAAGUUGACUGGUGGGAGUUUUGGCUUCUCAUACCGCAGCAGAAGCAUCUUUGAUCAGCUGGAUAGUGCCGUGAAGCUUACUUCAAGUCAGCUGGCUGAAGACAACAUCAUCGAUGGUACAUUUGCCCGACCUGCUCCACCAUCACCUCCUUUGAAACGUAAAGAACCAGAGGGAACCAAGAAAUCUUCAUCAACCAAGAUGGUACCAGACUACCUGCUUAACCCUGAGCGGUGGACCCGCUAUGAUCUGGAUGAUGUUCCUGAGACAAGUGACAGAAAAAACAGCCAAGUGGCCCAUGAGUUCAUACAGGGACUCCAUAACCGUAGGAGAGCCCAAGAAGCUGCUGCAAGUUCUUUUAGCCCAGCUUUCAACCAGGGCCACAGCAGCAGCUCAGGGCACAAGAUUAUCUUCUCCAAGCCCAGUCAAUCCUCCAAAGAUGAAGGCCAGAAUCCACACAAGGUGGACCGAGCAAAGACAAAAGAGGUUGGUUUAGUUCAUUUGGAUGACAAACAGGAAGAACAAGAAGAAGAAGAAGGGGGAAAGAUGGCCCCUAUUCACCAUAACCUUUCACUGGAUGGGAAGGAAAAGAAAAGAAAGUGGAUGGAUGAAGGUGACAAUGACGAAAGAAAAGGGAGUAAUGUUACUUUCAGUAGUGGGAGGAAAUUGAACCGCAAGAACUUCCGCAGGGCAAGUGAGGAAGAGGACUAAAAGCUUUUGAUUGCAUGUCUAAGCCCAAACCCUUAUCCCCUCUGAGAAUAUAUUCAGUUCUUACCCUGUGAGAGCUGUAUAAUCAGCUCUUACCCUUACUGUCUGUGAUUGAUCAAGCACUUAUAAUUUUGUUAAUUUUUAAUGUGUUGGUUGUAAAAGCAACAAUCAGCACCAGAGAUGAUAUAAUAUUACUACUACUUUUUUUUUUUUAAGUAAUAAAUAUAACAAUGUAUACUCUCUGUUCCAUUGUUUGUAACUUUGUUGGGUGUAAAACAGUAUUGUAAUGUAAAGAAUUGAUUACAAAAAAAAACUUUGAUCAUCUAUAUACAGUUUGAAUGAGUAAAAGUAGUUUUCAUGUUU